AUGACGGGCCGGGCUAGAUUGGGCCUGACUUCGCUGACCUACCUCAAAGUCCCAAACCCCACUUCACUAGCCCACCCCUCUCGUCCUGUCCCCCGUUCUUCUCCGACCACCCGCCUCGCCGGCCGCCACCUUCCCAGUUACCGCCCCGCAGGCCGCCACCCACCGCUUCCGCCUUCCCAUUUACCACCCCGCCGCCGCAGCAAGACCGCCACAUACCUCUCCGGCCAAUACAUGCUUCAGAGAUGCCACUUACUCCGACCUGUUUCCUCCCCCCUCCUCCGCCGCCGCCCCAUCCACUCCUCCGCUCCGCCCCAAGCCAACGGCGAGGUCGGCGCCGCGACCGACACCACUCUGCUGGGCCGUCUCACUCGCCUCCUCCUCCUCCACCGCUUCCCCGCCGUCUCCCGCCUCCUCUCCUCCUCCCCGCUCACACACGCACUCCUCCACGCGGCCCUCCGCCGCGUCCGCCUCGACCCGGACGCCGCCCUCCACCUCUUCCGCCUUGCUCCGUACCGCCCCUCCCUCCUCGCUCACGCCCAGCUACUCCACAUCCUCGCCCACGCCCGCCGCCUGCCCGCCGCGCGCGCCCUCGUCGCCUCGCUCCUCUCCGCCCGCUCCAGCUCGGCAGCCCCGUCCCUCUUCCCCCACCUCACCGAGGUGUACAAAGACUUCUCUUUCUCAGCCGCCUCCUUCGACCUGCUCCUCCGAGCCCACGCAGACGCUGGCCAGCUCACCGACGCCCUCCACGUGUUCGAUGAAAUGGGGAGGUUUGGGUGCCGUCGCACCCUGCGAUCCUGCAACCGCCUGCUCAACCAGCUUGUACAGGCUGGGGAUGUGGGCACUGCGGUGGCUGUGUUUGAGCAGAUGCGGUGUGAUGGCACACUGCCGGACGAGUUCACGGUGGCCAUCAUGGCAAAGGCGUACUGCAGGGAUGGGAGGGUGACACAGGCAGUGGAUUUCGUGCAGGACAUGGAGAGGAUGGGUGUGGAGGUGAACCUGGUGGCAUAUCAUGCGCUGAUGGAUGGGUAUUGCGGAGUAGGACAGAUUGAGGCUGCGAGAAGGGUUUUGCUGUCACUGGAGUCUAAGGGCCUGUCACCGAAUGUGGUUACAUAUACCUUACUUGUAAAGGGUUACUGUAAGGAGGGGAGGGUGGAGGAGGCUGAGAGGGUGGUUAGGGAUAUGAAAGAAAAUGAGAAGAUCGUGGUUGACGAGGUAGCCUAUGGUGCAGUGAUCAAUGGCUAUUGCCAAAGGGGAAGAAUGGAAGAUGCCAACAGGGUAAGAGCCGAGAUGAUUGAUGUCGGACUGCAGGUUAAUUUGUUUGUGUACAACACACUGAUCAAUGGAUAUUGCAAGUUGGGGAGGAUGGUUGAAGUAGAGAAACUUUUACAGGAAAUGGAGGAUAGAGGGGUGAGUCUGGAUAAAUACAGUUACAAUACUCUAGUAGAUGGGUAUUGCAGACAGGGUUCCAUGAAAAAGGCAUUUGAAACCUGUGAUAUGAUGGUAAGGAAUGGGUUCGCAGGGACAACACUUACUUAUAAUAUGCUGUUGAAUGGUUUUUGUUCGUGUGGUGCUAUUGAUGAUGCACUUAAAUUGUGGUUCUUGAUGUUGAAGAGGGGAGUAGUGCCUAAUGAAAUUAGCUGUAGCACACUGCUGGAUGGUUUCUUCAAGGCAGGUAAAACCGAGAAGGCCUUGAACCUUUGGAAGGAAACCUUAGCAAGGGGUUUGGGAAGAAACGUGGUUACAAUUAACACAGUUAUCAAUGGGCUGUGUAAGAUUAGGAGGAUGGUUGAAGCAGAGGAGCUAUUUGGUAGGAUGACGGAAUGGAGAUGUCCUGCUGACAGCUUGACUUACAGAACACUAAUUGAUGGUUACUGUAAAAUAGGUGACCUGGAUAGAGCUACUCAAAUUCGGGUUGACAUGGAACAUUUAGGCUUUGCUCCUUCAGUUGAAAUGUUCAAUUCUUUCAUAACCGGAUUCUUUGUAGCUAAGCAAAGUGGCAAGGUCAAUGAUAUCGUUGUUGAAAUGACUGCAAAGGGACUUUCUCCUAAUACAGUCACUUAUGGAGCCCUGAUAGCUGGAUGGUGUAAAGAGGGCAAUCUGCAUGAUGCCUAUAAUUUAUAUUUUGAAAUGGUCGAGAAAGGUCUGGCUCCAAAUCUCUUCAUCUGCAGUGCUUUAGUGAGCUGUUUCUAUAGACAGGGAAAGGUUGAUGAGGCAAAUUUGGUGUUGCAAGAACUUGUGGGUACUGACAUGAUUCCAGACUGCAGUGCAAACACGCUUGAUAUUGGUAAAGUAGCACAUGUCAUUGAAUCUGUUGCUGGUGGAAAUCAUCAGUCUGCAAAAAUUAUGUGGAACAUUGUUAUUUUUGGGCUGUGCAAAUUGGGUAGAGUAUCAGAUGCUAGAAAUUUGUUUGAGGAUCUGAAAGUAAAGGGAUUCGUUCCUGAUAACUACACUUAUUCUAGCCUCAUUCAUGGUUGCUCUGCCUCAGGUUUUGUCAAUGUAGCUUUUGGCCUGAGGGAUGCGAUGUUGGGCGUCGGUCUUACUCCAAAUAUUGUAACAUACAAUUCUCUCAUCUAUGGCCUCUGCCAGUCUGGGAAUGUUCAAAGGGCAGUUAGUCUUUUCAGUAAGUUGCAAUCAAAGGGUAUGUCCCCUAAUGCUAUCACCUAUAAUACCCUGAUUGAUGGACAUUGCAAGGAUGGUAAUAUAACUGAAGCCUUCAAGUUAAAACAAAAGAUGAUCGAGCAAGGUAUUCGGCCUAAUGUAUUCACCUAUUCUAUACUGAUCCAUGGUCUCUGUACUCAAGGGUAUAUGGAAGAAGCAAUCAAGCUUCUGGAUCAAAUGAUUGAGAAUAAUGUGGAUCCAAAUUAUGUUACAUAUUGGACACUGAUUCAAGGUUAUGUUCGGUGUGGUAAUAUGAAAGAGAUCUCCAAGCUUUACAAUGAGAUGCAUAUCCGUGGACUUCUGCCUGCCAAUGGUACUGGACAUGUAAAACAUGCAGAUCCUGUUGUAAUUUGUAAACAGCCAGAAUGUAAAUAUGGACAGUGCUAA